GAGGGGCUCCGGGGCGGGUCCCCGUGCCAGGUGCGGUUUGGUCCUCCCAGGGCGCCGUAGGCGGUGCAUCCUUCCGGCUGCAGAGGUAGAGACAGCCUCUUCUCUAGACCGCAGGCGGGCGCGGACCCGAGGCGCUGCUGCCGGGUGGUCCUUCCUGUGUUGUCGGCACCCUGGACCAUGGCGGCCCUAGCGGGUGAUGAAGCCUGGAGAUGUCGGGGCUGUGGCACCUAUGUUCCCCUGAGUCAGAGGCUCUAUAGGACUGCCAAUGAAGCCUGGCAUGGCUCCUGCUUCCGGUGUUCCGAAUGCCAGGAAUCCCUCACCAACUGGUACUAUGAGAAGGAUGGGAAGCUGUACUGCCACAAGGACUACUGGGCCAAGUUUGGAGAAUUCUGCCAUGGGUGCUCCCUGCUGAUGACGGGGCCAGCCAUGGUGGCUGGGGAGUUUAAGUACCACCCAGAGUGCUUCGCCUGCAUGAGUUGCAAGGUGAUCAUUGAGGAUGGAGAUGCAUAUGCCCUGGUGCAGCAUGCUACACUCUACUGUGGGAAGUGCCACAACGAGGUGGUGCUGGCACCCAUGUUUGAAAGGCUGUCUACAGAGUCUGUCCAGGACCAGCUGCCCUACUCUGUCACGCUCAUCUCCAUGCCUGCCACCACUGAGUGUAGACGCGGCUUCUCGGUGACUGUGGAAAGUGCCUCUUCUAACUAUGCCACCACCGUUCAAGUGAAAGAGGUCAACCGGAUGCACAUCAGUCCCAACAACCGAAAUGCCAUCCACCCUGGGGACCGCAUCUUGGAGAUCAAUGGGACCCCUGUCCGUACUCUGCGAGUAGAGGAGGUGGAGGAUGCGAUGAAGCAGACAAGCCAGACACUUCAGCUGCUGAUUGAACAUGACCCUGUGCCCCAGCGCCUGGACCAGUUACGGAUGGAUGCCCAGCUUCCUCCCCACACGCAGAGCACCGGACACGCGCUCAUGCUCAGCACCUUGGACACCAAGGAGAAUCAGGAGGGGACACUGAGGAGACGGUCUCUGAGGCGCAGUAACAGCAUCUCCAAGUCUCCGGGCCCCAGCUCUCCCAAGGAGCCCCUGCUCCUCAGCCGGGACAUAAGCCGCUCAGAAUCCCUCCGCUGCUCCAGCAGCUACUCCCAGCAGAUCUUCCGGCCCUGCGACCUGAUCCACGGGGAGGUCCUGGGGAAGGGCUUCUUUGGGCAGGCCAUCAAGGUGACUCACAAAGCCACAGGCAAAGUGAUGGUCAUGAAGGAGUUGAUUCGCUGUGACGAGGAAACUCAGAAGACCUUCCUGACUGAGGUGAAAGUGAUGCGGAGCCUGGACCACCCUAAUGUGCUCAAGUUCAUCGGAGUUCUGUACAAGGACAAGAAGCUGAACCUGCUGACCGAGUACAUCGAGGGAGGCACACUCAAAGACUUCCUGCGCAGUGUGGACCCGUUCCCCUGGCAACAGAAGGUCAGGUUUGCCAAAGGCAUCUCCUCUGGAAUGGCCUAUUUACACUCCAUGUGCAUCAUCCACCGGGACCUGAACUCACACAACUGUCUCAUCAAAUUGGACAAGACAGUGGUGGUAGCCGACUUUGGGCUGUCACGGCUUAUAGUGGAAGAGAGGAAAAGGCCUCCAGUAGAGAAGGCCACCACCAAGAAACGCACCUUACGCAAGAGUGACCGCAAAAAGCGCUACACUGUGGUGGGAAACCCCUACUGGAUGGCUCCCGAGAUGCUGAAUGGCAAGAGCUACGAUGAGACGGUGGAUGUCUUCUCUUUUGGGAUCGUUCUCUGUGAGAUCAUUGGGCAGGUUUAUGCGGAUCCCGAUUGCCUGCCCCGCACACUGGACUUUGGCCUCAAUGUAAAGCUUUUCUGGGAGAAGUUUGUCCCAACAGACUGUCCCCCAGCCUUCUUCCCCCUGGCUGCUAUCUGCUGCAAACUAGAGCCUGAGAGCAGACCGGCAUUCUCAAAGCUGGAGGACUCGUUUGAGGCACUCUCCCUGUUCUUGGGGGAGCUGGCCAUCCCACUGCCAGCAGAGCUAGAAGAACUGGACCACACUGUGAGCAUGGAGUAUGGCCUAACCCGGGACUCACCACCCUAGCCCUGGUCCAUCCCCCUGCAGGGGGACAUUCCACAGCCAGCAUUGCCCCCUCUGCACCCUGUCCUUGCUGUGAGCAGGACUGCCUAGGUUUCCUGUGGAUUGACGGCUUGCUUAGAGGCACAACAAGCCAUCCCUACUACCUCCCCAGGAGGCACUUCGGUGCAGGGAAAAAAAUUCUCCGCAAGUUUUGGGGGCCUAGUUUCUAUCUGUAAAUCCAACACUCACCUGAAAGCUGUGAAGAGGAUAAAAGAGCCUGGAUUCUAGACCAAGAGUCUGUUACUCGGGACUACUUGAGACCUCUGUGGAUUGAGAUUCUGGGAGGCUGUAGCUUUACACUAAUCAACAUGAUCUGGGCCUGCUGGGCAGGAUGACCGAGUGAACUGGCCUGAGGGCUCUGGAGUCUGGCUCAGCAAGGUGCAGGACUUGAAGUAGUAGUAGUGAGUUACAGAAACAGGGAACCUUCAAAGCAUGUGAAAUGACAGUAGCAAUUUCUCAUCCAUCCUGGGAUGCCCUUUGGAGCAGGUUUUAAAGAGUCUUAAGUAUGUGGUAAAACCUACAGAAUCCAACAAAGGACUGGUCUCUGCUCACAGCCCAGGGACCACAUCAGUGCGUGGGGAGUUUCCACUUCAGCAUCCUGUCUCAACAAGCAGUCACUCACAAAAACACCAAAGAAACUGGGGCUGGAAACAGGCCCUGCCCUCUAAAAGCCCCGUAUCCAGGUUGGUGGGCUCAGUCAAAAACUCAGCAUGUUGCCUAACAGUACAUGGGUUCUGGAUGCCAGCCUGGUUUGCCUCAGACUUUGGGUCUAAGCAGAGAGAAGGGGGUCCCAUCAAUUUCUUUGCACCCUUGUGGCAGCUACUGCACAUCCUCUAGAAUGUCUGGGCCAGGCAGCAACGUGGGACAGGCAUUGGUGGCUGCUGAGUCCCGAAACUGAGAUAGGAAAAGAACACCCAGAGCUGGGCCUUGUAGAUUCUACCUCUUUUGUUGCUGGUCCAGCUUGCUUCCUGAGCCACACUCGAGGGCCAUGGGCAUGGGCAACUAUGGGAGCACUUUCCACCCCUGGCUGUCAGGUGUCCAGGGACUCUAGCUCACCAAGGUUUGUCAUCUAAGCGGGAGCUCACGCCAUGUUUAACAAAUUGGGAAUGGGUUUGGUUAUAAAUGCGUGUGAUGGGUUGCACUGGUGGGGGAUUCAGAAAGAGUGGUUGCUGUUAUUAGCUUUUAUCUCUGGGGUGAUACGUGAGAUAUUUUGUACAUAGACGAAAUGAAUUAUGGGAUGGGAAGUCUUUGGCCACUUUACUUGCUGUGUAGACUGUACUUGCGUGUGGAGUUUGCACACUUGCUGCAGAGGGAAUCCUGAACUCCCGAUGGGCAUGGUUCAGCGUCCUGUGACUGAGUAUGCUUGCACUGUCCCCAGCAAGUGUGGGAGUGGGGCCCGCGCUAGGCCAUGAAGCAGACUAAAUAAAUUAAGCAGUUAACAUAGUGAUGACAGAGAGUGCCAAAGUGACUUAGGGCCUGACUUAAACACGGAGGACAGGAUGGAUAAUCACUGUCUGACCAGGGUUUGGUUCCCAGCACCCAUGUGGUGGCUCUCUAACAUCUGUAUCUCCAGUUCCAGGGGUACUGUACCUCAUCUCACCUCUGUGGGCUCCUGCACAUACAUGGUACACAUACAUGCUCUUGGGUACAUAAAUUCACAUUUUAAAGUGUUUUAAAGAAACAUGGUCUGCUGGCCACUUUCAUAUAACUUACCAGGGAAUUCUCAGUCUCAAGUUUAAUCCCCUCACCUGGACAACAAACCUUCAGAGAUCAUAUGCAUCCACUGGAGCCCCUCUGAGGAGCAGCUGAUGACCUCAUCUUAGGCCCGCAAAGCUAUCAGGUUCUCGGCUGCUUACCCAGUCCUCAGGGGCCUUCUGCUUCCAGAGCUGUUGCACCAGACCACUGGCCCAAAUAAUGCCAAUGUUUGGUAAGAUCCUGGGCACCAAAGAAAGAAAAAGAAGCCCCACAGCCUCUGCCAAGUGUGGAAGUGUGUGUUUAUAAGUCUACACGCAAGAUACAGAGGCUGGGGAACCAAGAUCAAGGCCAGCCUAAGUCUGUCUAGUGAAUUUUGGGCCAGCUAUGGCUAAAGCACUGAAAGCCAGAUCUAAUAGCUUUGUGGCUCUAAAAUGAGGUCAUUUUGUAUAUAAAUGUAAAGGUAAUGUCUCCUAAGCAUCCUGUGGUGGAAGACUUCAGGUUAAGAGAAUGUAUGUUUGGCAGUAUUGGUGGCUCACACCUUUAGACCCAGCAGAGGCAGGUGUAUCUGAGGCCAGCCUGAGCUGUUACACAGAGAAACCAAGAAUGGAAUAAAAUGCAGUCCCUAGUAAACACCGCAUCUGAAGUUCCCAGUGCUGGGCUACAACUCAACCUGUUGCUGAGGUCAACUGCUAAAACUUGGACACCAGCCCUGCACAUUCUCAACCCUUCUAACCCUAGGCACAACCUACCUUUCUCUCCCUUGGCUGCUGCAGAAUUAUCAACUGCCCCUUUGUCUCUAACCCCCAGCAAAGGCUGUUGAGAGGGUUUAUCCUAAAACUUCCCUGCUCUACCUUGGAAAGAAACUGAAGGGCUUCAAGCCUAAGAUAGUCAUGGUGACCUUGACAUUCUAACAACUCAGUGACCACUAUCUCCCAGUGGCUGGGAAGUGACAUCCUCAUCACCACAAAAAAUGUGCAAGGUAAAAUCAUGUUUUGUGUUUAUAUAAGUCAAAUGCAAAACAAAUUGCCAUAGUUCAUACACAGGUGUCAGAAUGAGGUAUAUAAAACAUACAGAGAAAUACUUUCAUAGGAAAGUAGGAAGUAGUACUGUUCUCUUUCCCACAGUCACCACCACCAUGGGAACCCUGAGAUCCAGGCCCCCUCAACAAAUGGCUCGUGAGAGCAGCCUGGUGAAGCCUGCUCCCAGUGUUGGGAGUAGAAGGGCUCCUGGCUGGGGACACUGCCAAGGCCAGGAGGACACUGGGAAGCUGCUUUGCCCUUUCUGGAAACCCCUUCAGGUCUUUCCCAGUGGCUCAGUGAUUGUUUUGUACCGGUUAAUCUUAACCCUAUGGAAGGAACUGGCCUAGGAGUCAUAGAGCUGUCUGCAAGCCAGGUAGGACUACAAUGCAAGCCCCACCAUGCCCCUGUUACCUAACUUCUGGUUUAGUCUCUAGGCUCACCUUUCAGCUGCAGGUCACCAGACUCUCAAGCAUGUAAUUCCCAUGAAUUGGCUGGCUAUUUUCUUAUCAGUGCAAAAUUGAGAGGUUCCUCUAUCCAGCCCCCAAAAGACAGUCUAGAUACUCAGGUCUACUGCAUGAGGCUGAAGGCAGAAGCGGGUCCUUCACCUACGUGGAAGGUUCAGUGCAAUUCUUCCAGAAACUUACAAGGUAGGAAGAGACCCUUGGGCCCAGGCCUACCCCACAGUUGUCAAGGCACAUCACUGCCAGCAAGCUGGGGCAUGCCCAGCAGUCCCCAUCUAGAGCCCACUUGCAGCCCAGAAUUCUAGCUUUUUACAGAUUCAUUUCUGGUUCUUGGAAGUUAGAAGGGACUUUCAUCCUAAAUAUUUCUUUCAUUUAUAUAUAUAGUUUUUUUUUUUUUUUUAUGCUUGACCUUAACUAGGAAUAA